UUAUCCAUCACUUUAAAAGACCUUCCUUUUCCACAGCCAUGGUGGUCGUCACGCACCUCUCCACUUCCUUCCACCAAAUCUCCCCUUCAUUCUUCCACCUACGCCUCCGUAUCCCCGCCGCUUCCUCUCUCCCCAAACGCGGCGGCGACGGAGGAGGAGGAUUCGCCUUGUCGAUCAGAGCUUACAUAGAGAAACCAAACUCCAUCUCCAGCUUCGCCAACACAGUCAUCGGUUCUCUCCCGGUCAUCGGACUCCUCGCCAGGAUCCUCAGCGACGAAGGCGGCGUCGGAAGAGAUCUCGUCGACUUCGCCGAGUUUAGGAAACGAGUUGGGAAUAAAUGCGCCCCUAGUGAUUCUAGAGCUUUCUACGAAUUCCAACAGCGAAGAGGCAAGGCAGGAGAACCUUUGUAUGUACUUCUUUGCUGUUGGGUUGCUGCAGUAGGUGCAGGGCUUCUCAAGUCUGAAGAGAUCCUUGAAGGUGUUACGAGGGUUAGCAUUUCAAAUGAUCUCGAGUUCGAAGAACAGAACUUCAUUGCUUUGAUGACUGAAGCUAGACAGAGGAGGGCGAAGUUGAACGUUGCAGCACCAACUAUCCCUAUGGAACUAAGAGUCGAGAAGGCUCUUGAAGGCAUAUAUGCUUGUUGCUUCAGGAGGGGAGUUAUUGAGGAGGAAGAUGAGAAGCUUCUUCUAGUGAUGCUUACCGCGGUUUUCCCGUCUGUUGACAAGUCUGAGAUAGAGAGAAUCAUCAAAGAGAAGGCGACAAGGGUCGCAGAAGGGGGAGAAGAAGAGAAUCUGGCCGAGCCGAAACGGCUGCCUAAAGAAGCUAUUCAAAUGCAAAUGAAGGAUCUUGAGUUCCUUCAACAACAAAGCAUAGAAUCUUAACAGUGUGGCAAAUCUGUUUUUACUUUCAGUUUGGAUAAGGAAAAGGCCAAUAACUUGAAGUGUAUCCAUGCUUUGUUACUUUGUUUAAAAGCUAAGGGCAGGUCCAAUGAGGAUCCUUACCCAAAAAUCCUUAGGGAUUAAUCAAUAAAAUAUAGUGUGAGACCCACUAAACUUAAGUA